CCAUGGCCGCCAUCACCGCUACCCCCGUGGUCCUCUCCGCGCGCGCUCGCGUCGCGCCCAGCGGCUCCGCCGUGCGCGCCGCCGCGGUCGUCCGCCCCAAGCUCUCCAAGCGAAGCGUCACCGUCUUCGCGAAGAAGGGUCCCGAGCCCCCGAACGCGGGCGCUGUCGCCGCGGAGACGAUGCGCAGCGCGCCGUUCGCAGACACCUCCGUCGAGGAGCUCGACCCGGAGAUGUACGCGAUCAUGAUGAAGGAGAAGACGCGCCAGAGGCUAGGCCUCGAGCUCAUCGCGUCCGAAAACUUCACCUCGCGCGCGGUCAUGGAAGUCAACGGCUCGUGCCUCACGAACAAGUACAGCGAGGGUCUCCCCGGGAAGCGGUACUACGGCGGCAACGAAUUCAUCGACGAGACCGAGAGGCUGUGCCAAGACCGCGCGCUCGCGGCGUUCCGCCUCCCGUCCGACGAGUGGGGCGUGAACGUGCAAGUCUUGUCCGGCUCUCCCGCGAACUUCGCGGUGUACACCGCGCUGCUCAACCCGCACGAUCGCAUCAUGGGUCUGGACCUGCCCCACGGCGGCCACCUCACGCACGGCUUCUUCACCCCGAAGAAGAAGAUCUCCGCGACGUCCAUCUUCUUCGAGUCGAUGCCGUACCGUCUCAACGAAGAGACCGGGAUCAUCGACUACGACCAGCUCGAGGCGAACGCGAUGCUGUUCCGCCCGAAGCUCAUCAUCGCCGGCGCGUCGGCGUAUCCGCGCAACUACGACUACAAACGCAUGCGGGAGAUCUGCGACAAGGUGGGCGCGUACCUGAUGUCCGACAUGGCGCACAUCUCCGGUUUAGUCGCCGCGGAGCUCGUGGACGAUCCGUUCCCGUACUCGGACAUCGUCACGACGACGACGCACAAAUCCCUCCGCGGCCCCCGCGGCGGGAUGAUCUUCUACAAGAAGGAGUUCGAACAGCAGAUCAACAGCGCGGUUUUCCCCGGGCUUCAAGGCGGCCCGCACAACCACACGAUCGGCGCGCUCGCGGUCGCGCUCAAGCAGGCGAUGACCCCGGAGUUCAUCGGGUACCAGAAGCAGGUCAUCUCCAACUGCGCGACGCUCGCGAACAGGCUGACGGAGCUCGGCUACACGCUCGUCUCGGGCGGCACGGAUAACCACCUCAUCUUGUGCGACCUUCGACCGAUGGGCGUCGACGGCGCGCGCGUGGAGUACAUUCUCGACCAAGCGCACAUCACGCUGAACAAGAACUCCGUCCCCAGGGACACGUCCGCGCUCGUCCCGGGCGGCAUCCGCAUCGGGACGCCGGCGAUGACGACGCGCGGGAUGUUGGAAGAUGAUUUCGUCAAAGUCGCGGACCUGAUCGACGAGGGCGUGAAGAUCGCGAUCGACUGCAAGGCGCAGGCGGGCGGGCCGAAGCUCGCUGACUUUAAGCAGUACGUCCAGUCGACCGAUCGCGCGGACAUCGCGGCGCUCAGGGAGAAGGUUGAGUCGUUCGCGGGCGACUUCCACAUGCCCGGCGGCCUCUUCUGAGCCUCGGACGAAAAAAAAAGAUCGACGAGACGAACGAAUUCGGCGACGGACGGACGGACGGACGUCGAGGAUGGAGGACGGUGUUGUGUACGCGCCGCGUCCCCUCCGCGCGCGGGGACGGCGGCACGCGAGUGCGAACGAUUUUUAUAGUAUAGAUAGGAGCCGCGAGGAGGCCUUGCGUUGGAUGAAACAAAAAAAAACAUUUGUUUUC